AUGGAUGUUACCACCAUUGUCCAGGGUGCGAAACCAGGACUCAUAUUCGGACCAUGGAACCAUGAUGAGACUGAGCUGGUCCUUGUGAACCAGUCAGCCACCCUGGUGGUCCCUUCACACUACACGGAGAGCGUAGAGUGGGCUCUGAUAGACAACAACAUCCGCCCACAGCUGACAUAUCACACCUACAACCCACACGGCUACAGCACCUUGGAAUGUACCAUUACAAUCAAGAGGAUGUUUGAUCACUAUCUGUUCGUGAUGUUCCUGCCAUGCGCACUGCUGAUGACCAUAGUGCUGUCUGGCUAUCUACUGCCUCCCAGCGCCCCCGUGCGGCUUCAGAUGAGCAUUACAAUACUGCUGGCCCUGGUGGUCCUACAACUCACCAUCAUCAACUCGCUGCCUGUUACUGGAGAUCUCACGCUCAUCACUCGGUACUACGUGGUGGUAAUCGUGGUUACAAGUCUGUCCGUUAUCAAUGCCGGGAUACUCACACACAUUAGCACAAGGAGGAAGCCUAUGGGGCCUUGGGUCGAGACGGUGAUUCUGGUGUAUCUGGCAAAAAUUAUGUUUGAAGAAGAAAACCGCACUGAACCGGCUUGUGACAACGGCAACACCCCAAAGCAACCAAAUGGCGAACAAGACCAUGACAUCGACGUUGCGACUUUGGGUACGGAAACUCCAGCAAGUGGAGAGACACACCAACACGCAACAGUUCCAAAAGACAUCAAGAUCCUUCUCCAGAACAUCUCCACUGAUAUCCACCUUCUGAGCGAGGACAAGAGGAACUCUUGUAGGAGCAAGGAAACGGCCAGGAAGCAAGCCAGGGCAGUGAGGGUCCUCAACAAACUGUCUUUCCUUGUUUUGGGGAUUAUUUCUGUUGCUUUCACUGUCAAUUUUCUUCUCUGGCCCUACCACAGUGGGCAUAUUUAA